AUGGCGGAGUACAACCGGCUGAAGGCCGCGCUGCUGGACAUGAGGCCCGGGGGGCGGAGCCAGCAGAGGGACAUGGAGGAGAGGCGGAGCCUAGUGGACGCCAUGUUCAAGCACCUGGACGCCGACGAGGACGGACGGCUGGUCGGGGACGAGCUGGACCAGAUCUCGAUGAAGCAGCACCCUGAGGACCGCCUGCUGGAGUGCACCCCCCAGGACCUGCUGCGCUACGACGACUACAACAACGACCGGCACCUCAGCCGGCACGAGUUCUACAUGGCGUUCCAGGUGGUCCAGCUGAGCCUGCCGGAGGACCAGUCGGUCAGCGUCUCCACGGUAACGGUGGGCCUCAGCGCCGUCCUCACCUGCGCCAUCCAGGGGACGCUGCGCCCGCCCAUCAUCUGGAAGAGGCGUGGGCUGAACUUCCUGGACCUGGAGGACAUCAACGACUUUGGGGACGACGGCUCUCUGUACAUCACCACGGUGACGACCGUCCACAUGGGGAGCUACACCUGCCACGCCUACGGCUACGAGGACCUCCACCAGACCCACGUGCUGCAGGUGCAUGUCCCCCCCGUGAUCCUGGUCUACCCUGAGUCCCAGGCCCAGGAGCCCGGUGGUACCAGCCUCCACUGCACUGCCACGACGGACGUGCGGACGCUGCUGUGGCUGAAGAACGGCGUGGACCUCCUCCCCCGCUCCGCCCAGCAGCUGGCGCUCCUCGCCAACGGCAGCGAGCUCCUGAUCGCCAGCGUGCGCUACGAGGACACCGGCGCCUACACCUGCAUCGCCAAGAACGAGGCGGGCGUGGACGAGGACAUCUCCUCGCUGUUCGUGGAGGACUCGGCCAAGAAGACGCUUGCAAACAUUCUGUGGAGAGAAGAAGGCCUGAGCGUGGGGAACAUGUUCUACGUGUUCUCCGACGAGGGCGUCACCGUGCUGCAGCCCGCCGGCUGCGAGAUCCGCCGCCACAUGGCUCGCUCGGAGAGGAUCGUGGCGACCUCCGAGGAGAUGUGCCCUAAAGGAGAGGGCGUGGCCCCCCAGCACUGCGUGUGGUCCUCGGCGGUCAACGUCCGUGAUAAGUACGUCUACGUGACGCAGCCCCUCCUCAGCCGCCUGCUGGUGGUCGACGUCCAGGCGCAGAAGGUGGUGCAGGCCGUCUCGACGGACCCCUUCCCGGUCAAGGCGCUCUACGAUAAGUCACAUGACCAGGUCUGGGUCCUGACGUGGGGCGACAUGGACCGGACCCACCCGACUCUCCAGGUGAUCCCUCAAGCCAGCGUGGGAGAAGUUCACCACGCCGUCCGCACGACUUUCCAGAAGGUCAACGACUUCUUCAUCCCCCCCACCAACCUCAUCAUCACCCACGUCAGGGUCGCCUUCCUCUUCCUCCAGGACGAGCCGGCGGUGCACAAGGUGGACCUGGAGACGCUCCGGCGGGUGAAGAGCAUCAGCCUGCGGGGGCGGGGCUGCGUGCCGCUCAGCAUGGCCUACACGCACCUGGGCGGCUACUACUUCGUGCAGUGCCGGGCCGGCGCCCAGCUGCUCAUCGACGGCGUGACGGACGCGGUGACGGGGCCCAACCUGAACGUCAGCGGGCGGCCCUUCGUGUCGCCGGACGGCCGCUACGUGGUGACCCCCGACGCGCGCGGCGGGCGGCUGACGGUGCAGGCGGUGUCGUUCCGGGGCGAGCUGGUUCUGAAGCCGCAGCCCGGCGAGCCGCUGGCCGUGUCCGACCUGGCCUUCCAGCCGUCCUUCGCCGAGUCCAACCGGCACGUGGCGGUGGCGGCGUCGGGCUCGGACCUGCUGUUCGCCGACCUGUCCACGGGCCGCACCCAGGUCCUCCGGGGCCUCAAGCGGCCCCUGGGCCCCCGGGCCUGGCCCUGGGGGGGCCCCGCCCGGGUGGUGGUGUCCAGCGGGUUGUUCGGACAGUACCUGCUGACGCCGGCGGCCGAGUCGGUCUUUGUGCUGGACGGCAAACGGAGGACGCCGCACUGCGAGCUGUCAGACAUCAAGAGGGGCAACACGGUGGUCUGGGUGGGCGAGGUAUGAGAGAGGGAGGAGCAAGAAAAGGAGGUGAAGGUAUAAAACAAGGAGAUUAAAAAGGUCCGGAUGACGCGGUGGAGGGUCUACGACCCGCCCCCGGCACCGGGAGGGAGGCCCGGUGGGUUUGUCGUGAUAAAAAUAUAAAAAAUAUAACGGUUGAUAAAAGGUGAAUGAACCCCUGCUGGGAGGAGACUGUACAGUGUUGCACUUCCAAGUUGUCUCGGCCAAUAGGAGAGCGGUAUCCACGAGGAACGAUGAACUAUGCACAACGCUCACUUUUUGUAGAGUUAAAAAACAAAAGAAGCUUUUUUUUCCUGAUUUUUGUUUGUUUAUCUCAACGUCGUCGUCGUCUUCACACAACGCUGCGUAGACUCGCCACAAACCGUGCGUCCGUCCCACCUCUAGUGUGUGUGUGUGUGUGUUUGUGUUCUGAGUCCUUUUAGAGAUACCAGCUCGUUUUAUUCUCCUCCACCGUCCGUUUUCCUCCCUCUGAGGCGGCGGAGGUCACGAGGUCAACGCCUCCUCUCCGUACGUCGUCUCUCCGCAGCGCUCCGGCGUCCGUGGGCGAGGGAACCGUCCACCUCGGGUUCUCGUACGUUCCCUCUGCACGCCUCCUCUUCAUCGGCACCGCAACACAAUUCUACUUUUGUAUUACUUUUUGCGUAUUCAGCAAGAAAAACAGGAAAUAAAUAUCUGAAAACCAAUCAGCCGGUUUUCAUAACGACACUAAGCAUCACAUUCUGUUGGAUGAACGUGUAUCGAUUGAUAAAUUAUUAAAAUCUGGAGGCAGUAACCCAAUAAACAGUAGAUGUAGAUUUAGAUACAGCAAUAUGAAAUACAUCAGGAUGAAUCCAUUGUUCAAUUAAUUGAUUCCCACUGAAAGCAACAUGUGUAUCCUCCCUAAAUAAGUAUUUAAAUUACUAUUAUAUAUACAAAGUUUCCUUCUAAUUUGUGUAAUUAGAAAACAUACGUUUAGCCUCGUUUGACUCUAUAAAGAGUCGAAUCCUCGAAAUAUUCUUACCUGAACCUUUGCAGCCAGCACAAAUAAAAUAAAAAAACGACAACAACAAACAACGUGAACUGUUGAUUUAAAUCUAGUAAAGAAAUAGUGACCGAUAGAAACAUUAUCGUCCCGCACAACCCCGGCCUUCAGGACGCUUCACUUGUCGCCCCUUUGUUGUUCAGAAGGAGAGAUUAAACUCCACUGACCUCUACCGCCCAUUAAUGUGUAGAAGAAGAAGUCCCGUGAGUAAAAGUGUAUCAACGUCUUGUGAAUGGAGGAUAUAACUUCCUGGUUGUGCCCGUAGCUCCUCCCCCAAUGCGAUGCGGCGUGAGAUUAAGAGGGAAGCCAAAUGGUCCUUCCUGUUGGGGAUCCGGGUCGUUGAGCUGCUAACGUGGCGUGAAAAGCAGUUUGAUGGAGUCUUCUAUCAGACCGGUCGCCCUCUGUACCCAUGAAAAAAAAAAAAUAGACCAUGACCGCUUCGUGUCACGUAACUCUCUCUCCCCUCAAAGGUGUCAUGGCUUCGUGUCACGUAACUCUCUCUCCCCUCGAAGGCAUCAUGGAAGCUUUGUGUCACGUAACUCCCUCCCCCUUCCAAAGCGUCAUGGCCGCAUCGUGUCACGUAACUCUCUCUGCCCCCCUCCCCCCUUUAAGUCGUCAUGGCCGCUUCGUGUCACGUAACUCUCUCCCCCAUUGAAGGUGUCAUGGCCGCUUCGUGUGACGUAACUCUCUCCCCCAUUGAAGGUGUCAUGGCCGCUUCGUGUGACAUAACUCUCUCCCCCAUUGAAGGUGUCAUGGCUGCUUCGUGUGACAUAACUCUCUCCCCCAUUGAAGGCGUCAUGGCCGCAUCGUGUCACGUAACUCCCUCCCCCUUCCAAAGCAUCAUGGCCGCAUCGUGUGACGCAACUCUCUCCCCCCCCCCCCCCCUUGAAGGCGUCAUGGCCACUUCGUGUCACGUAACUCUCUCCCCCAUUAAAGAUGUCAUGGCCGCUUCGUGUCACGUAACUCUCUCCCAUUGAAGGCGUCAUGGCCACUUCGUGUCACGUAACUCUCUCCCCCAUUAAAGAUGUCAUGGCCGCUUCGUGUCACGUAACUCUCUCCCCCUUUAAGGCGUCAUGGCCGCUUCGUGUCACGUAACUCUCUCCCCCUUUAAGGCGUCAUGGCCGCUUCGUGUCACGUAACUCUCUCCCCCUUUAAGGCGUCAUGGCCGCUUCGUGUCACGUAACUCCCUCCCCCUUCCAAAGCGUCAUGGCCGCAUCGUGUCACGUAACUCCCCUCGAAGGCGUCAUGGCCGCUUCGUGUCACGUAACUCUCUCUCCCCCCUUGAAGGCGUCAUGGCUGUUUCGUGUCACGUGACUCUCUCCCCCCUCGAAGGUGUCAUGACCGCGUCGGUGUGAUAGACAUCGGUAGGAACCACUUGUUGUAGAUACACAUCGUUCAUGUUUUAGGACGCGUUCAGCCGCGACACAACCGAUGUACAGUUUUCUUUAUGCAUUUUGUGUGUUCUGGUAUCAUGACGGAAUUGUUUUGUAAGAAAAAAAAUCUAAUUAAAUAUAUUGUAAAAAUC